CCACAGCCGGACCGGCCAUGAACUCGGGACCCGAGCCCCGGACACCCCGGACACUCUUCAGCAUCGCAGACAUCCUAGGCCCGAGCAUGGUUCCCCGAGGACCUUCUACGUCUCCGCUUCCAGAGUCGAGCCCUGGUCCCACGUCGCCUCUGUGCGCGCUGGAGGAGCUGACCAGUAAAACUUUCCGCGGACUUGACGGGCACGCUCCGGAGUCCUCUGAAGGCCGUGCCGCCCCGGGUGCGCUGGGCCUUGGCCCCGCCGGCCGCAGACGCCGAAAGUCACGCACGGCGUUCACGGCGCAGCAGGUGCUGGAGCUGGAGCGACGCUUCGUCUUCCAGAAGUACCUGGCGCCUUCGGAGCGCGACGGGCUGGCGGCGAGGCUCGGUUUGGCCAACGCACAGGUUGUCACGUGGUUCCAGAACCGGCGCGCCAAGCUCAAGCGCGACGUGGAGGAGAUGCGCGCCGACGUGGCCUCGCUGAGUGCUCUGGCCCCCGAAGUCCAGUGCCGCCUCGAGCUGCCGGAUGGCGCCCCAGGCCCCGGCCCCGGCCCGCCUGACGCCGGGCCCCACCUGUCAGAAGAGGAGAUUCAGGUGGACGACUGAAGGCAAAGCCGCCGCCAGCCCCGGGCUCUGGGUCCCCGGACUCCUCACCUCCGUGCGCCGCGCCCUGUCUGGGUUCCGGGGUGGAGGGAGGGUGUGGAUCCGGCCUCCUCCGGCUCACAGUCCAGACGCUCGCUUUUCCCAAUUGUUGAGAAUAAAAUUGAGACUCAGUCGCAUGAGUCGCAUGAGG